CUGGCCGGUAUAAAACAGUGACCACAUAAAGUGAUUAUUUGCAAAUUUUUCAAACAUUUUAUGGCCUCCAAAGGAAUUGAAAUGGCAACUUCUUCUCCACGUCGUAAAAAAGACAGUGACAAGGUGACCUACUGGGAGUUGUACGAGCGCGCAGCCAAACAACGCUUUGGGCAAAAUAUUCGAGUCGUCAAAACUAAAUAUUACGAGGACAAAGUGAAUAAUAUCGAUUUUCAAAUAACGGUUAUCGACAAAGAGGAAAAUCCGAAGGAAAAAACGCGCACAAUAGUUGAUGUGAAUAUGAAGGAGUACGUCAACACUGGACAAACUGAAAGUGACGAAAGCAUUGUACAAAUUCAAAAAACAUCGUCAAAAACGAGUAGCGAACGCUUCACAUUCUCCACAACCAAAGGUGUGAGCUAUGGUGUGGGCGGUAACAUUGGUGUGCAGGUGAUGGCGGCUGCUGUGGCGGGAGGCAGCAUCGGCCUCAGUGGCCACUAUGAUCGCAGCAAAACCAAAACAGAAGAAACUGAAAAGAAAACUGAAGAGAACACAGGGUACAGUUACAACCAAGAGGAGAAGAUCACUGUCCCUCCAGGGACACAUGUUGAGGCCAUCAUCACCACGUAUAGUAUGAAGUAUGAGAGCAAGUACACGGUGAAGUUUAGCAUUGACAAGAACGCAACUAUUCCAGUGAUCUACAGAACCUCUUGUCAGAACUUGUUUGGGUCGAUAUGUCGAAACAGCGGCUUUAUAUACGUUCGUGACAUGAUCAGCACUCUGCCAGAUUAUAACCCAGAGGAUGAAGAUGAUACAGCGAGUUACACACAAGUAGGAGCAGUGUCCUGGGUUGGAGAGGGAUGCAAAGUGGACAAGAAAGAGAGACCACUGCCAUUGUAGCCAGGUUGUACACACUUAGUAUAGCGUAGCCAUUUAGAGGGAUAAUAGCUUUCAUUUGUAGAACUGUCCUAGACUAUGUACACAUAGUACGUGUAGCGAGGAAUAA